CCCUGCAAUGGAGAAGCUGAGGCAGGUGGCUCGCCCAGAGUCCAGGGCCAGUAUCGCUGAGCUGGGGCUGUGGAGCUAGGCAGUGGCGGGUGAAAACGAGGUUCAGAUCGCGGGUUCAGCCCGGCGGAUACCCGCUCGUAGGCUCCGCCUGCGCACUAGUGUGCGUCUACAGUGUCGCUCGCAAUUGGCAGCAAUCUAGCGCCUUGGUCCCGCCCCUUCGUGCUGGAGCUUUCUAUUGGAGGGAGCUCACGAGGCCCCGCCCCUCGGCGACCUGGGCAGCCGGAAGCGAGCAUGGCGGCCGCGGGGGCAGCGGCUACCGACCUAGAGGUGGUUCGGGGCAAGCGCGCCGCGUUGUUUUUCGCGGCGGUGGCCAUCCUGCUGGGACUGCCACUCUGGUGGAAGACCACGGAGACCUACCGGGCACCGUUGCCCUACUCCCAGAUCAGUGGGCUGAAUGCCUUGCAGCUCCGGCUCAUGGUGCCAGUCACAGUUGUGUUUACUCGGGACUCUGUGCCCCUGGACGACCAGGAGAAGCUCCCGUUCACCGUUGUGCAUGAGAGAGAGAUCCCUCUGAAAUACAAAAUGAAAAUCAAGUGCCGCUUCCAGAAGGCCUACCGGAGAGCUUCGGACCACGAGGAGGACGCCUUGUCACUGAGCAGUGUACAUGAGGCAGAAGCCAUGUUAGCUGAGCCGGAGAAGCAAGCAGAGGGCUCCCUGACUGUGUACGUGAUCUCUGAACACUCCUCCCUUCUUCCCCAGGACACGAUGAGCUAUAUUGGACCUGAGAGGACAGCAGUCGUACGGGGGCUAAUGCACCGGGAAGCUUUCAACAUCAUCGGCCGUCGCAUCAUCCAAGUAGCCCAGGCCAUGUCUCUGACGGAGGAUGUGCUUGCUGCUGCUCUGGCCGACCACCUCCCCGAGGACAAGUGGAGCUCUGAUAAGAGGAGGCCUCUCAAGUCCAGCCUGGGCUAUGAGAUCACUUUUAGUUUACUCAACCCAGACCCCAAGUCCCAUGACGUCCACUGGGACAUCGAGGGGGCCGUCCAGCGCUAUGUGAAGCCUUUCCUGAAUGCCCUCAGUGCUGCUGGCAAUUUCUCUGUGGACUCUCAGAUCCUUUACUAUGCCAUGUUGGGAGUGAACCCCCGCUUUGACCCAGCCUCAUCGAGCUACUACUUGGCCAUGCACAGCCUCCCCCAUGUCAUCAACCCAGUGGAGUCCCGGCUGGGAUCCAGUGCUGCCUCCCUGUACCCUGUGCUCAACUUUCUACUCUAUGUGCCUGAGCUCGCCCACUCCCCUCUGUACAUUCAGGACAAGGAUGGGGCUCCAGUGGCCGCCAAUGCCUUCCACAGUCCCCGCUGGGGUGGCAUUAUGAUAUACAAUGUUGAUCCCAAAAUCUAUAAUGCCUCGAAUCUGCCAGUGAGAGUUGAGGUGAACAUGGUACAAGUGAUGGAGGUGUUCCUGGCUCAGUUGAGGCUUCUCUUUGGGAUUGCUCAGCCCCAGGUGCCUCCAAAAUGCCUGCUUUCAAGACCAAAGAGUGAAGGACUCAUGACCUGGGAACUGGACCAAUUGCUUUGGGCUCGGUCAGUGGAGAACUUGGCCACAGCCACCACCACCCUCACCUCCCUGGCCCAACUUCUGGGCAAGAUCAGCAACAUUGUCAUCAAGGAUGAUGUGGCAUCUGAGGUAUACAGGGCUGUGGCUGCAGUCCAGAAGGCUGCGGAGGAGCUAGCCCUUGGGCACCUGUCGUCUGCUUUUGUGGCCAGCCAGGAGGCUGUGACAUCUUCUGAGCGUGCCUUUUUUGAUCCCUCGCUCCUCCACCUCUUGUAUUUCCCUGAUGACCAGAAAUUUGCUAUCUAUAUCCCACUUUUCCUGCCUAUGGCUGUGCCCAUCCUCCUGUCUCUGGUCAAGAUCUUUCUGGAAACUCACAAGUCCUGGAAAAAGUCUGAGAAGAAAGAUUGAGCCUGGUCAUGUGACAGAGGAAGCCCUCUGUGGCCAAGCUGGGUGUGUUGGGCCGAUGGUUUGUCUGCAUUCUUCUGAUGGCUCUCCACCAACCAAAGGAUGACCCUCCACGGUGGACUCCCCUUCCCUCCUUCCUGUUCUGCUGGCUCUGGCCCUCCAUCUUACCUAGGAGCCUCGGAGGACAUAUUCUCUGGAUCUCCAUAUCUGGCGUGAACCUAAUGGCCUUUGCCUGCCUGCCCAUCCUUCCAGCCUGCCAGCACAGCAUAGUUCCGCACUGAGAGGUGGAUUUGGGGGAAAUCCUUGGGUCGAAUAUAGCCCUCCUCUCCACUUCUGAGACCUUCUCCCUCCUUCCACUCCUUCCUGACUUACGGUGUCACCCAUUGGGUACAGCCUAGCCUGGUCUAGGAGGCUUAGGAUCUGGUUCUGCCUUGUGGCUAAGGUUUCCCUCUACCCUUUAAGAGAGGCAGUGUGGUAUAAGAGGAGACACGACUUGGAAUCCAGCAAGCCUGAACCAGACCCCUGCUGCACUUAUGGACUGGAGAGCCUUGGAUAAGCUGCUCUUCUCAUUGAAUCUCUGGUUUUUAUCUGCCGGAAAGCCCUGAUGAUGUCACUCUUAGAAGGGCAUUGGAUUAGAUGUGAUAAGCUUGUAAAAGUCUGUAUAUUGGGCUCUUUAAAAAUAUAUAUUAGGCUGUUAAUAAACAUUGGUUGAAUAUGAGUUGA